UUUUAGAGUAAAUAAGGCUUUCUGUAGAAAUGAUUGGAUUGCUUGGGUUCAAACAUUAUCAAAAGGUAAGCAAAGUCUUAAAAUCCAAGAUUUAUAACGAGAUGAUCAAGCAAGUGAGUGGCUCAUUGUCAUAGUAUUCUCUUUCCAUCCAAUUUUUUGUUAACUAUUGACUUGGUGAAUCUACUGAGUAAGUAUGUCAUUAGCAGAUUUGAUUCAAAGACAAAUGAAAAGAUGGGUUUUCUUUGUUUACUCUUGCUACUUAAGUAUGAUCACUAAGCCACCUAACUGAUUCCAAGUUCUAGAUAACCCUUGAGCCAGUUCAGAACUCUUAUGGAAUGAUAAGCAAACUAUAGACAAUUUAUUUGUUCCUCAUUUCUCUUUGAUUUCAUAAUUAGUUUUUAAGAUUUUUAUGAAAGACCCAGUCAUGAUCUAGCUUCAAGAGCGUUUUAAACUAGGUUAUACUACUUAAUGAAGCAAAUUCAAAGGAAAUCAUGCAAACAGCAAAAACAAUGGAGAAGUUUCAUCAUGACACUUAAGAAACGAGACCAAUUCCAGGUCAAGAUUUCCCUUGUGCAAACAACUGGGUGUCUAUCACGAGUCAAUUUUUUUGAAAAGCUUCUUAUAGUCCAAAUUUUACUGCCUUUCUAUCCUAGAUUGUCUAUCUACUUCAUAAAAAAGAUGAUUUCUGGUCAGAAGAAGCAGUAAUCUUUCUUUCAAACUCUUCCUGUUUUCAUCGACAGAUCAUUUAGACUCGCCCAAAUAGAGAACCAUUUUCUUUGUAAUCUUCAGCUACCCAGAACUUGACACAGAGGAUGCCAGAUUUUAGGCGAAUGCAUAUGUAUACUCUCUUUGAUAUUUCUCGGGUUUGAGAGCAACUCAAAAGACAGAGAAAGAGUUCUUGAAUGAUAUUCUGAACACAUAGACUUCAUCCAUAGUCAGACAUUUGGUUGCUUACACUGCCAUAAGAGAUAUUUAAACCUACAUUGAGUAGUAACAUGAAAUGAUCGAUUUUGAUCCUGACAACAGAAUUUAGAUCCUCAAUUUGCUCUCAAUAAAAUUCUGUAACUUUUGUGGUUUAUUAACUCAAUGGUAUAGCCACUAAAGAAGCAGUCUUUUAUUUUUUGAGUAAUCUUAGGAUCUUGAUGCUUUGAUGAGGAAACCGUAGUCUUAUUAGUCAGAUUUCUAAUUUUAUCAUCUUGAAAGAUCUUGAGAGAGUAGCAUAAUGAAAAGUAGACAGUAAAAUGAUGUAAACCAAGGAUAAGAACCCAAUUUUGGAUGAGAGAGUAAAGCAGUAUCAAAAAUUACUAAGUUAUGCUUCCUCUUCAAUUCUAAUACUUUUGUUUAAGUAACUUCCCGGCCUCCACAGUCAUGGCUAACCCAAGAGGCUACUUACAUCACAUAGAUGCUCUCACUUUGUUCUUGAACAAGGACCACUAAGCUUAUGGUACUUGAGUC